CCGAAUGUUAUUACAGCAGAAGAAGAAAACAAUGAACAACUUCCUGGUUUGCAAAAGUCGCUUCGUUCACAUUUUCUGGGUAAAAUAACAAUGAGACUUUUUACAAAAUCGUUGCUAUAUUGUGAGUGAUAGAAGAUCACAGGUACUGUCCAGAUAUACCAAAACACGCUACAAUUGCAUUUACACCUUUAAUUCCAAGGCGAUUGAAUAACUGACCAAGCUAGCAAACUAGCACACUUCUGUGAGGAUUCGAGGAUUGCUACUUAUCAAAACACCAAGCCUUGUAUGGAAGAGCAACAACCAACAACGGACUGAGCAGGACCAUUGUGUGAAACGUCUUUCGGCUGGAGAGUUUGAAAGCACCACCUGUUCAAAAUGAGAAGAGGUGUUGGAGCGGGGGCUAUUGCCAAAAAGAAACUUGCAGAGGCUAAAUACAAAGAAAGAGGUACAGUUCUCGCUGAAGAUCAGAUUGCACAGAUGUCUAAACAAUUGGAGACAUUCAAAACCCACCUAGAAGAGUUUGCUAGCAAACACAAACAGGAGAUCCGAAAGAGCUCGCAGUUCCGUGUACAGUUUCAGGAAAUGUGCGCCACCAUCGGGGUCGACCCACUGGCUUCGGGUAAAGGCUUUUGGUCUGAGAUGCUCGGGGUUGGAGACUUCUAUUAUGAGCUUGGUGUGCAGAUCAUUGAGGUGUGUCUGGCUUUGAAGCAUAGAAAUGGAGGACUUAUCACUUUGGAUGAGCUCCACCACCGUGUGUUGAAAGGACGGGGGAAAUAUGCUCAGGAUGUAAGCCAAGAUGAUUUGGUGCGUGCCAUUAAGAAACUGAAAGCAAUGGGGAAUGGAUUUGGGAUGAUCCCUGUUGGAGGCUCUUAUCUGGUGCAGUCAGUGCCGGCAGAGCUCAACAUGGACCAUACCGUGGUGCUGCAGCUAGCAGAGAAAAAGGGCUAUGUGACCAUCAGCGAGAUAAAGGACAGUUUGAACUGGGAACGAGAGCGGGCAAGUCAUGUUGUGGACCAUCUGUUAAAGGAGGGAUUGGCAUGGCUGGAUUCCCAAGCAGAGGGGGAACCUCAGUACUGGUUACCAGCUCUAUUUUCUGAAAUUGCCUCCCGUGAUGUCACACCAGAGGAGGCCAAUCAGAUGACGCCUUAAGAGAACCACACAAAGACCUGGAAAACUGAGUUUUUAAUCUGUCUAACAUUUUGUGGUGAACAAAACUGGAUGGGUGUAAAAGAAAGCAAAUCAAGUCAUUCUAUAGGUCUGGCAUUGAAUUUGUUUUCUAUUAACUACAUAGCACUCAGACAUAGGUUUCAAUGAAGGCAGAGAAGAUGCUCUACUUGGGGAGAAUAAUGCUAGUAUUCUUGCAAGGAGUGUCCCGCUGGAACAUUAAAAAGUGCCCACCGUUUUAAAAAAAUGUGUGAACAUUAUUGCAAGGUAUUGUACGUUCACAUAUCUCUGUAUAAUAAUGAUGUUGAAAUUGUUUCCUUGUAAAUAUGAAAAAACAUACAUUUAAAUAAAUAAACAAACUUAAGCUUAA